CCGCUAAAUCCGAGUCAAAACAAAUCAAGUACAAACAGAAAUCGAAUCCAAGCGAUAAUUCGGAAAGAUGCUGCUUAAUCCGGCGUCCGAGGCGACCGCGCUGGAGAGCAUCCGGCACCACCUCCUGGAGGAGGAGACGCCGGCGCCGGCGCCGGCGAGGCGGCCGGUGUACUGCCGGAGCAGCAGCUUCGGAAGCCUCGUGGCCGACCAGUGGAGCGAGUCGCUCCCGUUCCGGCCCAACGACGCCGAGGAUAUGGUGGUCUACGGCGCGCUCCGCGACGCCUUCUCCUCCGGCUGGCUCCCCGACGGUUCCUUCGCCGCCGUCAAGCCCGAGUCGCCGGACUCCUACGACGGAUCCUCCAUCGGCAGCUUUCUCGCGUCGUCGUCCGGGCCGGAGACGCCCGGGGAGGUGACGUCGACGGAGGAGGCGAUGACGCCCGGGAGGGAGGAGGCGGAGGGCGAGGGCGAGGCCGUGGCGGUGGCGUCGAGGGGGAAGCACUACCGCGGGGUGAGGCAGCGGCCGUGGGGCAAGUUCGCGGCGGAGAUCAGGGACCCGGCCAAGAACGGCGCCCGCGUGUGGCUCGGCACGUUCGACUCCGCCGAGGAAGCCGCCGUGGCGUACGACCGCGCCGCCUACCGCAUGCGCGGCUCCCGCGCGCUCCUCAACUUCCCUCUCCGCAUCGGCUCCGAGAUCGCCGCCGCGGCCGCAGCAGCCGCGGGCAACAAGCGGCCAUAUCCCCUGCCGGCGAGCUCCGACUCCUCUUCCCCUUCAUCCUCCUCGUCCUCCUCCUCCGGGACACCGAAGCGGAGGAAGAGAGGCGAGGCCGCGGCCGCGUCCAUGGCCAUGGCCCUCGUGCCACCUCCACCGGCGCAGGCACCAGUCCAGCUGGCCCUCCCGCCUCAGCCGUGGUUCACCGCCGGUCCGGUCCAGCAGCUAGUGAGCUAAGUGGCGAUCUGGUAGUGGCAAUUAGCCAUCGUGCGCAUGAUCAAAGCUGCUUGAUGGAUCAAGCGAGUUCAGAAAUCAGAACAGAGCAUAACUCAGUUCUUGAACAGAGCACGCUCUCCAAGGAUGAACAGAGCAUCUGGAAGGGGGGCAAUGCCCUGCUCCAAGAAAUGUGACGAGUUCCACAGGCAAUUCCGCCAUUGUUCCUCCGUCGAGUCGAGCUGUUCGUCGAUGAUUGCCGCAGCGGACCAGGAAAAAAAUGAAAAAAAAAAGGAUUGGUUGUGAAAUGUGGUGAUGGUUUGUAAGACUUGCACAAAAUUUUAAAAAGGAAAAAAGAAGACUUUGCACAAACCGUCUCUAGAUUCUAAAAGGGAGAAUAAUCUUUGGUCUUUGGUAUAAUAGUCGCCCUAUCAGUCA